GGUUCACGUGGACGAUAUUAGAAAAUUAAUAUUAAAAAAAAUCUAUAGAGUUAUUAAUUUAUCGGAAAAUGACGAUUUUAGCAUCGACUUUAAUGAUUCUCAGUAUCUGCGGAUGCUGGAGACCAUCAUCCUGGUCAUUCUCAUAUUACAAAAGUCUUAUAUACAAUUUAUACAAUAUCUGUGUAAUUUUUCUAGUAUCGUCUUUAUCCUUAUCGCAAAUCAUUGGUAUUGCCCUAAACAUUUCGAGCGAUCUUUCCGAAGAAAUUUACAUAUCUUUGACGAUCGCUGUAUCUUGUUUAAAAAUGUUAACUUUUAAAUACAAUCAUAACGAUGUCGUCAAGUUAAUUAACGCUUUAGCAGAGGAACCAUACAGGCCAUCGGAUAAUGAAGAAAUUCAAAUUCAAUUGCAAUUUGAAAAAUUAGCACGGUUCAACACAAACGGUUAUACAUCGUUAAUUGGAUUUUCGGUGAGCAGCUACGUAUUUAUGUCUUUACUUACAGACCUCAGGGAAAAACAAUUAACUUUUCAAGUUUGGUUACCAUUUGACAGCACGACACCUGUUAUAUAUUACUUAACGUACACUCAACAAAUGUUAGGUAUGACAUUAGCCGGCUUUCUUAACGUCGCUCUAGAUUCUUUGAUCUGUGGCAUUUUUAUACAUAUUUGUUGUCAAAUCAAAAUUUUGGAAAAUCGUUUGAUGAAAAUCUCCAACGAACAGAAGGCACUUUUAAAAUUAUGUGUACGUCAUCAUGAAUGCAUAUACAAAUUCGCAGAUAAAGUAAAUAAAAUAUUUGGAGUGAUAAUGUUCAUUCAGUUCUUCGGUAGCACAAUGACAGUCUCUUUUACGUUAUAUCAAUUGACAAAAAUAUCAUCAACUUCUGUCGAAUAUGCAAAAAUGUCGCUCUACAUGUAUUGCAUGUUAAUACAAAUUUAUCUCUACUGCUGGUACGGAAAUUUAGUGACUUUAAAGAGCAAAGAAAUUAUCAACAAGAUCUUUGAAAUAAAUUGGACGAUACUUGACAAUAGCAUCAAGACUUCCUUACUGAUUAUGAUGAAUCGUACUAUGAAUCCGAUCUCAUUAGUCGUUAUGAAAAUUUUCUCUCUGAAUCUCGAUUCAUUCAUCAGUGUCAGUAUUUGCAUGGCAAUAUUAAAAUAUCAUGAUGUUAAUUGUUAUAUAAUUUCAUCGUUAUCUCUUAUAAUUAUGGCUGUAUUAAACUCGAUAUUUAUUAUUCUCAGUAUCUGCGGAUGCUGGAGACCUUCAUCUUGGUCGCUCUCCUUUCAUAAAUGUCUCAUUUAUCAUUUAUACACAUUCUUUAUAGCUUUUCUAGUAUCAUCUCUGUCUUUAUCGGAAAUGAUCGGUAUUGCUUUAAAUACGAACAAAUCGAACAAUGUUUCCGACGAUAUUUACAUAUUCUUGGCACAAUUUGUAUCUUGUUUUAAAAUGUUUAGUCUUGUGGUCAAUCGUAAUAAUAUUGUUAAUUUAAUUUUUAUUCUGAGACAAGAACCGCAUAAACCAUUGAACGAUGUGGAAGCGAACAUUCAAAUUAAGUUCGACAAAUUGUCUAGGUUUAAUACUCACAGUUACGCAUCGUUGAUCACGUUAUCAGUGAGCAGCUUUAUAUUUUUCUCAUUAAUGACAGACUUUAGAAAAAGACAAUUAACUUUUCGAACUUGGUUGCCUUUUGACGAUAACAUGACACCCGUUGUAUUUUAUUUAACAUACGCUUACCAAAUGAUAGCAAUGACAUUAGGAGCAAUUAUUCACGUCGCUUUAGAUACUCUGAUCUGCGAUCUUCUCAUAAACAUUUGCUGUCAGAUUAGAAUCUUGGAGAAUCGCCUCACGAAUAUCACGAAUGAACGAAAGGCCAUUUUGAAACUUUGCAUUCGUCAUCACGAAUGUAUAUACGGAUUUGCAACUGACGUAAAUAGAACGUUUAAAUUUGCCAUCUUCGUCCAAUUUCUUGCAAGUACAUUGACAGUCUGUUUUACUAUGUUCCAUAUAACGAAAAUAUCAGCGAAUAGUUUGGAAUUUGUAAAAAUGACAUUUUUUAUGUCUGGUAUGUUAACCCAAGUGUAUCUCUACUGCUGGUACGGACAUUUAGUCACUCUAAAGCAGAGCGAAGAAAUUGUCUACCAAAUGUUCGAUACAAAUUUGACGGAGCUAAGCAAUGACAUCAAGAGGAGCCUUUUGAUUAUGAUGCAUCGUACGACGAGGCCGAUCGUUAUUAUCGUUAUGAAUCUAUUUCCUCUAAACAUCGAUUCGUUCGUGAGCAUACUUAAGACCGCAUACACGGCAUACAACUUCUUGGAACAAACUAAAAGCAAUAUCUCAAAAAAUAAAUUGAUUUCUUUUCAUUCGCAUAUAACUAUGGCUAUAUUAAAAUCGAUAUAUAUUAUUCUCAGUAUCUGCGGAUGCUGGAGACCUUCAUCUUGGUCGUUAUCCUUUUAUAAAUGUCUCGCUCAUAAUUUAUACACAACCUUUAUAGCUGUUCUAUUAGCAUCUCUGGCUUUAUCGCAAAUAAUCGGUAUUGCUUCAAUCGCAAUUGAUUCGGGCGAAGUUUCCGAUGAUAUUUACGUAUUCUUGGCACAUUUCGUAUCUUGUUUUAAAAUGUUAAGUCUUGUGGUCAAUCGUAAUAAUAUUGUUAAAUUAAUUGAUACUCUGGAACAAGAACCGUAUCAACCAUUGGACGAUAUAGAAACGAACAUUCUAACAAAGUUUGACAAAUUGUCUCGGUUCAACAUUCACAGUUAUAUAUCUUUGAUCACAUUCACGGUGAGCCACUUUUUAUUUAUGUCAUUGAUUACAGACUUUAGAAAAAGGCAAUUAACUCUUCGAGCUUGGUUGCCUUUUGACAAUAAUAUGACACCCGUUGUAUAUUAUUUAACUUACGCUCACCAAAUGAUAGCGCUGACAUAUGGAACAGUGAUUCACGUCGCUGUAGAUACUCUGAUUAGCGAUUUUCUGCUAAACAUUUGCUGUCAGAUUACAAUCUUAGAAAAUCGCCUUACGAAUAUCACGAAUGAACGAAAGGCUAUUUUGAAACUUUGCAUUCAUCAUCACGAAUGUAUAUACGGAUUUGCUGCUGACGUAAACAAAACGUUUAAAUUUGCAAUCUUAAUCCAAUUUCUUGCAAGUACAUUCACAGUUUGUUUCACUCUGUUCCAAAUAACAAAAAUAUCAACAAAUAGUUUAGAAUUUUUUAAAAUGACAUUAUUUAUUUUUGGCUUGUUAAUCCAAGUGUAUCUCUACUGCUGGUACGGACAUUUAGUCACUCUUAAGAGCGAAGAAAUUGCCCAAAAAAUGUUCGGUACAGAUUUGAUGGAGCUAAGCAAUGACAUCAAGAAGAGUCUUUUGAUUAUGAUGCAUCGUACGUCGAGGCCGAUCGUUAUUAUCGUUAUGAAUCUGUUCCCUCUGAAUAUCGAUUCGUUCGUGAGCUUAAGACCGCAUACACGGCAUACAAUUUCUUGGAACAAACUUAAGAAGAAGAUAAAAAGAGAAGAAUAAAAUAAUAUUACCUGCAAGAAAAUUCAUUGGGCUUCCUGUUUUAUCGCUUAAGUGCACGUUGUGUUGCCAAGUAAAUGGUUGGUAAAAAAUGAUCGAAGAAUUUAUAGUCUUUGUGAAAAGUUCAAGUAGACGAUAUUAAAAAAAAAAAAAAAAAAGGAAAGUUAUAU